AUGGCCUCUUGCCCAGACUUGUUUCAAGAUCUCCAGGAGGAACUCACCUGCCCUAUCUGCAGGGAGUACUUCACAAACCCAGUGUCCAUUGAGUGUGGCCACAGUUUUUGUCAAAGUUGCCUUUUCUGGAGCUGUCAGGAAACUGUGACUUUCUCCUGUUCAGAGUGCAAGAGGAUCUCCCAUGUGAGGGAUUUCCAAGUCAAUGGGCGUCUUGGGAAACUGGCAUCCAUUGCCAAAAAAUUAAGACCCCACAGCUUGCAGAAACCUGAAGGACAUAGCAAGUGUGAGGUACAUCAGGAAGUCCAGAAACUGUUCUGUGAGGAUGACCAGAGCCCAGUCUGUAUGUCCUGCUCUCAGUCACAGGAGCAUAAGGCUCACACACUCUGUAAUAUUGAUGAAGCUGCUGAGUGCUGCCGGAAAAAACUCAAAGAAACAAUGAAUGAUUUGUGGAAGAAAACUGAGAAAGUUUUACAAAAUAUGGAUAAUAACAAGUGUGAAAAACCUGAUAUGGAUUUUCUCCAGAAUAAGAAAGAAGUAUUAAAAAGGAAUGAAUCUCUGCUCCACAAGGAAAUAGAAAAGUUCUGCAUAAAGAAGAGUGUUUGUUCCAUCCCUGGAAUUAUAGAAGCAAUUUCCAGUUUCAAAGUGGACAUCACCCUGGCUCAUAAUACAGCCCAUCCAGCUCUCAUUGUAUCUGAAGAUCUGAAGACUGUGAGCUAUGGAGGAAUAGAAGAGGAAGUACCCAACAACAGUGGGAGUUUUGGAAUUAUGAUCCCCAUUCUUGGUACUCAGUCCUUCACUUCAAAAAGAUAUUAUUGGGAGGUGAAGGUGCCAGACAAUGCUAGUUGGUGUGUUGGUAUCUGUAAAAUAUCACCCCAGCUGGAAGGUUACUUUGUACUUAUGUCUGUAUGUGAGAACAAUACCUACCAUCUUCACGCCAUAGCUGAGGACCAUCUUCGCAAAGAAAUCUAUACAAAAUAUCUCCAGAUCAGUGAGUCAGACUUAAAGGUGGGGAUUUUCCUUGACUGUGAUGCUGGAGAGAUAUCAUUUUAUCAUGUGAGAGAAAAAUAUCUCCUUUAUUCUUUCCCUUCUAUUUCAUUCUCAGGAUGUUUCAAGCCCUUGUUCUCUCUUUCUAAGAAAGAUCUGAUGAAUGAUUGUUCUUUAACAAUAUGCCCCUAA